AUGUUUUCAUUUCUAAAAAAGACAAAAAUUAAAAAAGCUGAACCCAUUAUCGUCAAUGAAAAUAAAGAAAACACCGGCGUCUACGAUUAUCCAACAUCCGCUGUAUCAACGCUAGCACAUGAC